GAGACAGAUAAGAAAAGAAAAAGUUAAAAUCAAGAGGAAAGAACAGAAAAGCAAAGAGUUUUUAUUUUUUAUUUUUAAAAAUGUAUGUGACAAGGCCUCUGUCAUUGCUUAGAAGGUCACCUGAGCUGCUCACUUUGGCACCGCAAGAGGGUCCGAAUUCCGGUUAUCUGGUGAUUUUCGAUGAGGAAUGUGAGACGACGACUUGUUUCGGAUUGUGCAAGGACAAUUCAAUCAGAGGCCUGCCUUUCCCUCAGAACAAGGACCUCACCAUUCGCUAUUCAACAGGCGUUGGAGAGAACUCUGAGACUUACUAUGAUGGUGUAGUUUUCAUUCCUGUGCUUGAUCAGCCUUUGUCUUCCAAUCUCUACUAUGUAAUCCGGCGUCAAGGAAAACAUAAAGGGGAAGCCAGUGCCAGUUCAAAGGAAGAGGACAUGGGAACAUGUUGUUGUUGCAAAUAUAUUAAAGAUGUUAAGCCAAGACCAUUGGAUCCUUUGGACAUUUAUCAGCAAGUUCAGAUCAAUCACAAGAAGCACCGGGGCUUCACAGCCGUGUCAGUAGCACAGGACGGGUUUCCUCCUAAUUUCCUGCGGAGAAAAUACUGGGAAGUCUACAUGAGAACACCCCGCUAUUACCAACUAGACGAAGCUCCGGGGCUCGACUCUUCCCUGCGAGCCCGACUCCCUAAUUUCAACUUCUCCCCGUCAAAUUUGAGCUCAGAAACCGUGGUGGUGGGAAAAUGGUACACCCCUUUGGUCUUUGUGAAGGAAGAUUAUGGAAGGCUGAAGGAGCAGAUGAAGAAAUCCAUGUUUUAUGAGGUGACACUCGAGCAGAGAUGGGACAAGAUUUUCGAAUGUGACAAUGCCGAAAAAGUUGUGUAUGUAGAUGUUGUUGUUGAUAGAGAAGUGGCUUGUGUUGAUGAGAAGGAGGCUGUGUGUGAUUGGGGACGUGUUGAUGAUGGGGUGAUAUGGUUUAGAAGUGCUCAAAAUAAUGAAGGACAAGAUUCAAGAUUACUUGGGCUAAAUGUGUUGGUUGUGGAGAGAAUGAGAUGGGAACAAGAAAGAGUUGGGUUUAGAUAUAAUGAGUUUGAAAGGCAAGUGAAAGUGAAAAGGACUGAGGAGUUUGAGGGGAAAGGUGAGUGGAGAAAGUUCGGUUGUUAUGUUUUGGUGGAGAGGUUUGUGUUUAAGAGAAUGGAUGGAAGUGUUUUACUGACACAUGAUUUUAGGCACACUAGCCAGAUUAGGUGCAAAUGGGAAUGAGAAUUUUUGUAACACUUUACAGAAUAUAAUUUUACCUUGCCAAUUUAAGUAUAUUAUGCUUGUUUGUUUGGACAGAAUAUAAUUUUACCUUACCAAGUUAAGUAUAUCAUGCUUG